AUGGCGGCUGGCCAAUGGGAUCGGGCUGGCGAUGACCGGUGGCAUUGGCGUCCUCAUGAUUUGGAAUCAUCGCCGUACCUUUUUCCCAAUCCAGCGAGCAGCACACACCGCCAUCUGGCACUUUUCUCCGCCUCUGCUCUCGAUCACGACCAGCUUGCAUCGAUCAGCUUGCCUCCCGACGCCACUCAAACAAUGUCGCAUACAAAGAAAUCGUCCAUUGGCUUCAAGGUCUUCUCCGGAAGGGCCUUGGCCGCCGUCCUGGAGCGUCCGCGGCGGAGGAAAUCCACCUCGGAUGGAGCCGAAGGUCCUGCGACUGAGAAUGAGUCCGAAUCAGCAAGGGCGGCGUAUGCCAGAAGACGAGAGCAGGUCAGACGAGCGCAGCGAAAUCACCGGGAACGAAAGGAGAACUACAUCAGAUCGCUCGAGCAUCAGCUUCUCCAGCUCCGUGACGAGGUGACUCUCAGGCAGGAGCUUGAAGAAGCCAGUAUCGAGAAUAAAAUUCUGAAGGAUAUUCUGCGCGCGCAUAAUAUGGCAAUGCCACAACGCCAGACAGAUGGCGUCGCUGAGGUCUCUAUGGUUGUCAAGCCGGGGCCCCAACGAUAUCUGCGUGUCCGGACGCCUUCGUCCUCAGACGACGAAGGAACGAGUUCUCCGCCUCCGAGCCCAAAGAAGGGGUCCCAUCCCUACAGUUUGGACAGCACGCAAACAGGAAUUGAUUUUGUCCUAUCACUCGAACAGCCGUGCUUGGAACACACAUACCGCCCCAUCUGCGCUGGCGAGACACAUGGUCAUGCUCUGACCGUGCAGGCCGCGCUGCUCACCUAUGCGUCCAACCUGGGGGUUGAGCGAUCGUGGGACGUCCCCGCAGUGGAACUGGACCGUCUUCUCCAGCUCUCGCUUUCGCUCGACCUGAACGGCGAACUUACGCCGGUGCAGGCGUGGAAUCUCAUCAAGACCCAUCCGGGCUUUUCCAAGCUGACGCACGAGCGACUGGAAGCCUUACGGGCUGCAAUCGCUGAAAAGACUGAAUGUUAUGGUUUCGGAGCCGUCAUUGAUGAAUACGACUUGACAGUUUUGAUAGAUAGAUAUCUUAAUGAUCCGUCGUCCCCUUGA